UUCAGAAACACUUGAAGGAUCAGUUUGUUUUCUCUCACACCGGCAACUCGUCCAUGGCAGGCGUGAGUUUUCUAGGUCCUGCUGUGCUAGCUGUGGCAUGUUUAUAUUCCGGCAGUUCAGCCCCCCCCUCGUGGUGCGUGCUGGACUUGCUUGCCUGGCCCUGUCUGUCAUUUUGGCGGUAGCCUGGGUCUAUUCUUUCUGGGCCUUGUAUGUAGCUCGGGCCAGAGCCCCACGGCGGCGAAAUUUCCAAAGCAGGAAGGUUUCCUUCGAAUGGUCAGCCUUAGAUGACUUUGAAGACUUCGCACCUUUGUUGGCAUUGAAGCAGCUGGAUCUCAAAGGCGAAAACAUCACAGGUGCCCUUGUGCAGGAGCUAAAGCUAGAUUUGGAGGCAUCCCUUCGACCUGGCAGCCACGAGUUAAAGAUUUCAGACCAAAGUAGCCUCAUGUUAAAUGUCUCCGAGAGGACAGCGAAGCAGAAAUGCAAGCUCCUGAUUGAAGCCAGGCCGGCCUCCCCUCAACACGAGGCUGUAGCUUCAACUCUUCGUUUAGACCUGCCCGGUGUCCAGCUCAGAGGGGUGGCCCGUGCGCUGGAUGGAAUUUGGGAACUCUGGUCCAGUUCAGGUUCUACUUCGGGUCAAUGCCUUCGUUGGCUUUGUGUUCUUUUGUUGCAGCUGUUGGAGGUGGCUUUGCCCAUUAACCUCCUUCACGUUGAGGGGGCAGCAGCAGGGGAGGAGUUCUUGCUUUUCUUUUCUGGCACUGUGGGGCCAAUCCCUUUUGAACGAAUCCAUUUGCCUGCUUUCGUUCUUCCAAGACUUCACGCACCACUUUCCAGUUUGAUCUCACCAAACCCAUUGGUGGGACAGCGAAUCCGCAAGAAUGCAAACCCGCCCGUAGCACAUCCGGGCCUGUUGGCCAGCUGGAAGCUAUCGGCAGAUGUGAGCGUCCUUCCCUUUGAUCUAGAUGUAAGGCUGCGUAUGCGCGAUGGGUCCAUUUCCACCUUCCAGGGCUCACUGCUAUCCGAUGAAUGCUUACAUGCCAGCUGUCAAAGUUCAGGGUCAUUAGACCGGGACAAACUCCAGGUGGAUGUGGAUUCGUUCACCAUCACCUCUACCAAACUUUCAGAGGCAAAGGGGAUUCGCGGAGGUGCCAGCAUUGAAGUGGCAUUAGCUGAUGUCGAUCCCUUCGAAAAGAUCCAGAAGAUUUCCCUGCCAGAUCACCUCUUCACAGCUGCGCGCCAAGGCCUGAAGCCAAGCUCACUAGUCUUGGGCUUUAAGGUGAACCUGGCCGAAAGCCAAUUGCCGGAGGAGUUCUUGGUCACUUUUCGAGAUGAGCAUCCCUUGAUGUUGGGCAGUGCCAAUGUGGCUGCCCGACUUCAGCGCCUCUCACUGCACGGCAACUUGUCCUUGCAAGGCCUGACACUCCCCACACAGCGGAAGCGGGACCUACUUCGGCUGCCCAUCACCGACUUGCACUUCGACGCCUCUUUAGAAUUGGAGGAGGAGACCUCCUUUAUGGACGAUGGCUUUUCCACAGUUCGUUUUCAAGGAGCACAAUGUAGCGCGAAUGGCCGACUGUGGUCGGAGGGGCCGGAGUGCCUGCAGGCCAAGGCUACGGUCACGGCGGCAGGAUUCCUGGCAGCCCAGCUGCGAGCCGCUUCCUUGGUGCAGGCUCUGAUAGAAGCCGAAACAGCCGCCGCGCGGCUCAGCGGUUCUUCGCAGGGCUCAGAUUCGCAGAAAACUGAGACGACAGGGGAUGAGGAGGCGCAGUACACCUCCGUGCGCGUGGGCGACGUCUUGAAAGUGGAUGUGGGGGGCUCCGCCACAGCGGUGAUGCAUAGCCAGUUGCGGCUGAACCCCAGGCCGAAGGAUCUAAGAGACCCAGAGAACUCCAGCCCGGUCUCAAGAGGAAGAGUGGAGGCUCAGAAGUUGAUCGUUGCAGAUGUGGAUUUUGAUGAUGCAUGCUCCGUGGAAGGAGAUGAUCGCAUGCCUCCCUUACGUAUCUCAAUCGCUGGCUCGGAAGCAAGCAUUGAGAUGGGCGAGUGCCGGGCACAGCUGGGAGAUUUGGCUUUGAAGAUCCCACAGGCCCAGAUGAAGGUGAAUGCUUUGGAGGCAGAGAUCAAUGCUGAAGGCAUUGGACAAACCCAUUUGCGCCUUGCUUGGGAUGGCCUUGGACAGCCCUUGUUGCAACACACUGCCAAGCAGCGCAGCGUCCUGUUUCCACAGCCACCCAUCGCAUCCGGUUUGAAAGUUGAGAUCGGGGACAUGGGUCAAGUUGGGAUUGUGCUCGAUGAUGAGCCGGACAUCGCUGCCUGCGGGAAUCGGCUACUAGAUGACGAAACGUGGUUUGCACCAUUGCUGGAGCUAGCCGCGAUUCUGAACCUGGAAUCGGUGGCUAAGAAGCUCUUGAAUUUCGCACGAGUCGUUCGGAAUGUCCUUAGAACUGAAGACAUCACCGAGCCGAAGGAUGUCAUUCCCACAGGCCGCAUGGCUCGUGUGAUCGCCCGGAUCUUGGAGGAAAUCGGGACGGACGGUCAACAUGUUGCUCAAGCCACUCCCACAAGACUGGAAGAAGACAUCUAUGGAGUGGUUGAAGGAGCUGUCAAAGGUAAAGGUUUGGAUGUGACUCGCAUCACGCGGCUUUUGUGGGACCAUUUGCCUCCAGAGGCAUGCAGCUUCGUCCAAGACUACACCGCUGAGGUGGACUUCGCCAUCAAGUGGUUCGAUUCGGUUCUGAAGCCCACAGAGCCGACCUCAGGCCCCGACCCAGCGAAGGCCACUGAGGCGCCGCCCCCCCAGCGGUACCGACGAGAGCUUCAAGGCGUGGCGCCCUGCGCGUCGCGGCUCUACGAAGCGGUCGCACGGCCUGGGCAAUUGGCGCGAGAACUCGAGGAGCAGCUGAUCCAUGCGGCACCGUAUCUCACCGCCAAGCAGGUGGAGCACCUGCUGCGCAAUGCCAAUGUGGGUGUGACCUUACGGCAGCGUCUCAGAUUCUUGCUGGGCUUGAAACGCCGCGUGGAGAAAGUCGCGCAGGGUUAUGGUGGACCUGCCUUCAUGCCCCAGGGCAUGGCAGUCGGUUUCUUUUUGGCCACGGCUAUCCGUGCUUCCUUUGCUGGCGAAAGGAUGGCUUCUCAAAAGGCCUUCAAGUCUGCAGAUCCCAAGAGCGGCAACUCCUCAACACGUUUGGCUGCAGUCUUACGAGAGCAGCACGCCAUUGCUCAGGAGCUGUGCCGCCUGCAAGAGAGGCAGCGUGUGCUGCUGGAGGAGUCUUUGAGGCUAUCUGGUCUGGAGCAGCGGUCUGGGAAUGAGCCAAGCAUCGAAGUAGAUACUGAGGUUCCAUCCAUGACCGAGAGCCCAAGUUCGAUGCUCGAAUGCCUCGCUCUACCUGCUGCUGCACCUGUGGCACUGGUGAGUGCAAAUGCUGCAUAUACUCAACGUCAGGCACCAAAGCCAAGUGGGCCAAGCGCCUCCGUGGUGUCCCUUAGUCGUGCUCCGCAGGAAGUCUUCGACUUGGGCUCCUCCCUCUUGGGACCCAUGGAGGUAGCAGUUCUGCUACAGAGCGGUCUGGCAGCUGUGCCUCAAGGAAGGCAAGUCCAACAGAAUCAGCGAAUGCUACUUGAGAUGAUGGUUUCUCAGCCGCCACUUUUCCUCAAGGGUGUCUUGUACGAGCUUUCCAACAAUGGUUCCUCCCGAGUGCUGGGCAAUCAUCUGCUGGCCCUUUUGGAUCUCACUCAGGAUGCCAUUCGGCCGUGUGCCCGCUUGGAUGUGGCAGAUCUGCUGACACAAGCCUUGGGCGUGAGCAUGCCUCGACGCUCUGACUUUAUGGCAGGAGGCAGCUCGGCCAGUAGGUCCUACUUGCUGCUUGUGCACCGGGCGGCGAAGCAUGUCUUGGAGGAGUGUGGCCCUUAUGUAGCGCUGAAGCAUUGGCUGCAGCGCUCUGAUGUGCCGCUGCCGCCGGUUCGUGAUGCUCCGAUGCCCUCCGCAGAGCGCGCGAUCCGGGCAGCCCAGCAGAGCAUUCAGGCGGCAGAUGCAGUGGGGGCUGAGUGGCUACAGGAGCGCGGGCCUGUGUGGUCGGAUGGUGUGCUUGAUGCUGGAAAAGAUGCUUAUCGCAGCCCCAAGGAGGAGCAAAUGCGAGAGGAUGCCAGAAAGCUUUACAAGGAAGCGUUUGAAGCAUGUGCUCAAGCCUUGAAGGCUAGUCCAGAGGUCCUUCAUCAGGACUGGUUCCGGGCCUUCUGGGCACGAAACUAUGAUGCCCUAACUGUGGUGUCUGUGCUUCGCAAUGUGCAGAUGGACAUUGAUGAGACGCGAAAAUGGGUUGAUGCUCAACUGCGACAUGUGCCGACCACACCUGACUUCCAGGGUGUGCGAAAGGCCUGCGACGCAUUGUGGCAAACAUGCCCUGCCAGUGAAGCUUGUUUGGUGGAUUGUCUCAUCGAACUCCUUUUCUAUGAGCCAAGUGCUCGUAGCAGCUAUCGAAAGGAUGCCUUAAUGCAGCUCAUCAUCGAUGAGCCGCCUGGACUCUUCAACUUUACGGUGGUCUCAGCCAUGGGGGUCAUCACUGAAGGUGCCCAAAUCCAAGAAAAAAAAGCACAUGAGAUUAACAUCACUGUACAUGUCUUCUGUCUUCCUCUUUUCCUUCCCUGUCUUGUUUGCAUAUAGCAUUCUAUUUCCCCAGAUAGCGAAGCUAUGGGGGUUCUUACUUCUCAAGGGAUUGGUUCCUGAUUGCGGAAAUUGGCUGCCGCUGCCGCUGCCGCCUUGUUUCCCAAGCUUGUC